AUGUCGAGGGUAGAGAACCGAAUUUCAUGUCUGAUGAGAACCAGAAUAACAAUACCUGCGGGUGUGAAGUUUUACAUAAGCCUCGAGAGAGGCCUGGACCGUGCCGGACCAUACAAUACGUUCUUUAAAUCUGAUGUUGACUUUUGCAAGGUGAUCAGCUCUUAUAGGAACAACUUGUUCAAACGCUGGACCCAUAGCUUGGAAAAACAUGGACAUAUGCCUACCCAUUGCCCCUGGCCGGUGGAUGAAUAUUAUCUGGGGGAUUGGCAGCUAACAAAGGAUCUCGUUCCGCCCUUUAUGGUCGCUGGCAUUUACAGAAGUAAAGUAAUCACCUACCUUGGAACCUUUGGGUCGGACUCCUAUGAGAAACUGAUCGAGUGCGUGGUUAUUUCUCAAUAUGCAUGA